UCAUCCGAUCAAUUAAUUUUGAUCGUAAUUAAUAAAAUCAUUAUUAUUAUUUGAUCGGGAAAAAAUGGAUAAGAUAUUAAACAGUACUGAUCUGAGCCAACAACAAGAAGUAGGAUCAGGAGGAUGGAAAAGGCCGAAAACAAAGAUUAUAUGCACUCUGGGACCGUCUUCGAGAUCCAUUCCGAUGGCGGAGAAACUGUUGAAGGCGGGUAUGAAUGUUGCUCGGUUCAAUUUCUCGCAUGGAUCGUAUGAGUAUCAUCAGGAAACACUUGAUAAUCUACGUACCGCCAUGAAUAACACCGGUAUUGUUUGUGCCGUCAUGCUCGAUACCAAAGGUCCAGAAAUCCGAACUGGGUUUCUCAAAGAUGGCAAGCCCAUAAAGCUGACUCAAGGUCAAGAAAUCACAAUUUCUACUGAUUACAGCAUCAAAGGUGAUGAGAAAAUGAUAUGCAUGAGCUACAAAAAGUUGGCUCAUGAUGUGAAACCGGGGAGCGUCAUACUCUGUUCAGACGGCACCAUUACCUUUACUGUCCUUUCUUGUGAUACCGAAAAGGGAUUGGUUCAUUGUCGAUGUGAGAACACAUGGACCCUUGGUGAACGCAAGAAUGUUAAUCUUCCGGGAGUUAUUGUUGAUCUCCCAACCUUGACAGAAAAAGAUAAAGAAGAUAUCCUCAAAUGGGGGGUUCCUAAUAAGAUUAAUCUGAUUGCUCUGUCUUUCGUCCGUAAAGGUUCAGAUCUGGUUGAGGUUCGGAAAUUGCUUGGAGAACAUGCGAAAAACAUCCUUCUUAUAUCAAAGGUUGAGAAUCAAGAAGGGGUUGCAAAUUUUGACGACAUUUUAGCCAACACUGACGGAUUCAUGGUGGCUCGUGGCGAUCUGGGAAUGGAAAUACCGAUUGAGAAAAUAUUCUUAGCACAAAAACUUAUGAUCUACAAGUGCAACCAAAAUGGAAAGCCAGUUGUGACAGCAACUCAGAUGCUGGAGUCAAUGAUCAAGUCUCCAAGACCAACUCGUGCCGAAGCCACAGAUGUCGCCAAUGCGGUCCUCGAUGGCACCGACUGUGUCAUGCUCAGUGGAGAAACAGCUGCUGGAGCUUACCCGGAACUCGCGGUUCAGACCAUGGCUAAGAUAUGCAUGGAAGCCGAAAGCACAAUCGAUUAUACAGUUGUUUACAAACUGAUCACUGCAAAUGCGCCUGUACCCAUGAGCCCACUUGAAAGCUUGGCCUCUUCUGCUGUCCGAACAGCCAACACAUCAAGGGCUAGUCUCAUAUUGGUUCUAACCAGAGGUGGAACCACGGCUAAAUUGGUGGCCAAGUACCGACCUCGUAUUCCCAUACUGUCUGUUGUGGUUCCUGAAGUCAAAACUGAUUCAGUUGAGUGGUCAUGCAGUGAUGAAGCCCCAGCUAGGCAUAGUUUCAUUGUUCGGGGUUUAGUUCCAGUUCUAUGUGCAGGUUCAGCUAAAGCUUCUCACACUGAGUCAACUGAAGAAGCACUCGAGUUCGGGUUGCAACAUGCAAAAACUAUUGGGCUUUGCAAGGAGGGUGAUGCAGUUGUGGCUCUACAUCGAAUUGGAACUUCGUCUGUAAUCAAGAUCGUGACUGUCAAGUGAUCGGGAUCGGCUUCACGUUCAUCUUAAACUUUGGGUUGUUUGUCAAAUAAUAAAUUAUCUACUAGACAGUGGCUUAGCAUUUUGUUGCCUGUUUGGUGGCGGGUCAGUAAUUGGUUCUGGCAUUGACAAACCGAGUCUUAAUUACAUGUUAGCGAGUCAACUCUGUUCCAACUAUAUCGUUACAUGCUUAUGGUAAUCAAACUAGACCCAAUAUUUCA